GCUUAGAUAUUUUAAAUUGUUUCAGCUAGUGGUUAUAUUUUAUGUUGAAUGAAUGUCUCAUUUGUCUUCACCCAAGAGGACGCAUCUCUCUGAUCUUGUGUUUCUUUGAUACAGCAUUUCCUUCUUUCCUUGAAGAGAAAAAUGAGCUGGGCGUUCCUACGUGAUCUGCUGAGUGGAGUGAAUAAAUACUCAACAGGAAUUGGAAGAAUUUGGAUAGCUGUUGUGUUCAUGUUCCGCUUACUGGUUUAUGUUGCUGCCGCAGAAAACAUCUGGAAACAUGAGCAUGAUGAAUUUGAGUGCAAUAUCAAGCAGCCUGGUUGUGAAAAUGUCUGCUUUGACCAUUUUUUCCCUGUCUCUCACAUCAGACUUUGGGCUUUGCAAUUAAUCAUGGUUUCCACCCCUUCACUCUUGGUUGUCUUUCACGUUGCUUACAGAGAGAACAGAGAGAAACACCACAACCAGAAACUUUAUAAAAAUCCAGGAAAGAUAGAUGGUGGAUUGCUGUGCACUUACCUAAUCAGCCUCAUUUUAAAAACAGGACUUGAAAUAGUUUUUCUUGUUCUGUUUUAUAAAUUGUACAAUGGAUUCAAAAUACCACGUCUUGUGAAAUGUGACAUAAAACCAUGUCCCAAUACUGUAGACUGUUAUAUUUCCAAACCCACAGAGAAAAUGAUUUUCCUCUAUUUUCUGGUGGCAACUUCAUGCCUGUGCAUCAUAUUAAAUCUAAGUGAACUGAGUUAUCUGAUUUUCAAAUACUCCAUAAAAUGUUAUCUAAAGAGACACAUGAAGAAACAACAAGGCUCGAAAAGUGAUUGCUGCGAAUCAGAACUCAUCAGCACCAGAGAGGCUAGGAGCGCAAAGGGAGCCUAUGCCACCAACAGAGCACAACCACCGAGUUUAUCUGUAAGAUCACCAUCUCACUUCCCUUUCAGAAAGUGCCUUGUUUAUUUAGUUUUUAAUGGUAUGGCAUAAGGACUCGUGUAUUUUAUAGAUAGAUACCAAACUGGUAUUAUCAAAAUAAACCCAUCUGUUUUAUAAACCCACUAUUUACAAAAACGGUUUCUGAAGUUUUUUUGUUUUGUUUUGUUUUUUUAACAAAAAUUAAACUAUACACCAAUCUAAGUUACAGAAACAAAAAUAACCUUUAUAAGAUCACAUGUAUAAAACAAGAAAUGAAAUGUGUUUUUAUUUAAGGCAAUACUGGGCUACUUCACAAAUCACCACCUCAAAUAUAUACACUGCUCCACACUACUAAUUUUCUAUCACAUUCACAAUGGAUUCUUUAAUACCAAAUAUUGUUUUAAAUCUUCAAUGUAGCAAACUAUUUUUAUUCACAUUUCCAU